CCGACGCUCCGGACCUCAAGUUGAGACGUUCGAUGGAGGAGCAGAAGCUCGAGCCCGACGCGUUAGCGAUAAACGCAGAGCUUAAUGAACUCUUGGACGACCUUGACUGUACUGAGGACGCGCUGCUGGACGAUGAGGUGUUGGAUUUACCGGAUUUGGAGUUGUUGCUGCCUUCGAGCGACCUCGGCGACGAGGAGCUGAAUUCGCUGCUACCUGACGCUAUGAACGAGGAGAAUAGCUUUACUGCAAUUGAAUUUGGUGAGGAGAAAGAAGCGCUGGCAGUUUCGGUGGACCAUUCGUCAGUCUUGACGCUGGAGGAGCAGGAAACGGAGCUGGUUGCGCGAGAAGUUAAGUUUCUAGAAGCACAAAGAGAUUUCCUACAAUUUAAGGCGGAUGCCACUGCGAGGGGUUUGCAAUACAAGAACAGUGAGAGCGAGGGUGAAGAGGAGGAGGAGAAAAAGGCAACCAGAGAGCAAGCGAUGCUGGUCGACGUCAUGGACCUGCACAGACAGAGCAUGAGAGACCUGCACCGACUGAUGCGCCAAGCCUCGCCCUUGAUGCACUACCGGAUGACGCUGAUGACGCCGAUGGAGUCGUUUAUUCGACUCGGCAAGGACCCGGCUGAGCGUCGCCGUAAGCUGUUGGGGAUGCGGGACGAGAAGUUGGACACCGUUCGGCGGUUCGUCGCGGCGCAAACUCGUGCGAUCGACCCGACGCGCGAGUUCUUCUACGUGGACACUUUCGAACGCUUCGGCAAGUUCUACACCGUCGACUUUAGCGUCUCGCUGGUCAACAGCAUGACCGUGGACGAGGUAGCUGAGGUAAUCCAGGACCAGUUUGUUGUGCCGCGCGACGGCGUCUCACGUUUGUUGGGCUGCGUCACCAACCGCACUUACUACGACGCCGUGGUAGAUACUUUCCUACACGCGCGAACAGUGGAGCGCGUGGACUUACCGGAGCGGUCCUGUGUCGGCCGCAGCUUCCUGGUACAGGAGUCCAACGCUGUCUUUUACUUGAAACGGUUCCCCGCCAGCGAGCUGGACGGCUCCGACGGCAAACAACCAGGCGAGCAAGGCGAUUUGACAGUCAUGAUGAGCGAUUUCGUGGACGUGGACGAGUUGCAUCCUUAUCACGGGAGCAGAGUGAGGAAGGACAUCUCAGUAGGUAUCACGCUACGGCGCCACGUCGGGCCCGGCGGCGCGGAAAAUGUCGUGAUGCGGCGCUUCUCCUUUGUCAAGCACCAUCUCGGGCGUCGAACUACAAGACCCGAAGUGGUGAACACCAUCUCGACACGAGUACUACUCUGGGGGCAAGCCGUACGCCUCUGCAUCGCAGAGCGCCGACGACAGAAGCGAGAUGCUCCAAAACGCAUCUGGAACACUCAUACGUUCCCGCGACGAGCACCUAGCGUGACGCCGUCGUCGCCGCAAUCCAGAACGGCCUGUGCCGGUGCUGAUCAAUAA